ACUCUAUUUGCUUACCACCUCAACGCACGAGUUACGAGUAUCAAAAGGUAAGCGCACACUGCUGCUCCUUGGCGUGAACGUCUGGCAUCUCGCCCAGCGCAGCUAUUUAUUCUCCUCCCCCUACCCUUCCCUGCACCUUCCACCUUCCUCCCCACCACCAACCCCCUCGUCCAUCCAUCCCUACCCUCCAACACCAUAAUGCUCUGGGUAGCUCUCGGACCCGCAAUAUGGGGGGCCGUCGCCCUCGGGCUCCUCGGUUACUUCGCCGGUCACGCACACCGAGACCUCGACGGAAUUGCCAUCCAGCACGAUGCUCCGCUCCCGGUGAUGCUGCACUUUCACGUGGACGAUCCCUCAGUGCACGACAUGUCGGUGGUGGACGGCAUGAAUGUCCGCCUUGAUUCACGACUGAGCGCGCCUAUCGGCUACCACGGCGCUGUCUUCGAGAACGAAGCCAAGAAUUUCAGCCGUGAGGGACUGGUCACUGGCGUCGGGGAGCAACGCAAGCCAGGCGUGCACUACGGCAAGCUCUUCGUGCCGCUUAGCGAAGAGGGAGAGAACGUAGAGGGCAAGUGGUUCGCUGUCGACGCAGCUGUGGCUGACAACUCUACUGUCGAUGCGUUCGACAGCCUGAAGAAUGCGGUGUCGGGGGUUACGGGGGAGGUUGCGAGUCCGCAGGAAGCGCUUCAUUUAGCCGCCGCUCUGAUCGCCGUGGCUGAAGACAUCAAGUGGGAAUAAGGAGAGCUGGGGCUUUGCAGAGGGGAUGAAGUCGGAAUGCGAAGGCGAUGGUUGAGAGUGCAGGUGUUGGGGACU